AUGAAUGCGAAUCACAACGGGAAUCAAAGUUACCAUAAUCUCUGGAACGAUGGGCUUAUCUGUGCUUUCGAGUUUCGCCGAGGUCGCCGUAAGCAGCGAAAAGAUCCGCCGGAAAAUUUGCUCCAAAUCUGUAGAUCAGGAGAAGUAGAAGAAGAAGAACAUUCGAGGAGCUAUUGGCGACCAAUUGGAUGGGAGAGGCUCUCGGAGCUUGUUCAGACUGUGAACGUUGAUCAUGACUGGGAAUCGCAGAACAUGGCUAUUGAUGAUGAGGUUGAAGCGACGGUUGCUGAGCUGGCUGCUCCUUACUGGGAACGGCCGCUUGCUGGACCAACGUGGUGGUGCCAUGUAGAUGCUAGCCAUCAAGGUAUUGCCUUGUGGCUGCGUAAUGCGCAGUGGUUGCAUCCGGCUGUGAGCGUUGCUCUCCGGGACGAAAGCAAGCUCAUCAGUGAACGCAUGAAACAUAUUUUCUAUGAGGUUCCGGUUAGAGUUGCUGGAGGGCUGUUGUUUGAGCUGUUGGGGCAAUCAGCAGGUGAUCCUUUUAUAGAAGAAGAUGAUAUACCAAUCGUGUUAAGGUCAUGGCAAGCGCAGAACUUGGUAGUGACUGCAUUGCAUGUCAAAGGCUUUGCCUCGAAUAUUAGCGUGUUAGGGAUUACAGAAGUCCAGGAAAUGCUUAUCGCUGGUGGAGCUUGCAUUCCAAGAACUGUCCAUGAGCUAAUAGCACAUCUUGCAUGCCGCCUUGCUCGUUGGGAUGAUAGGCUAUUCCGCAAGUAUACAUUUGGUGCAGCCGAUGAAGUUGAGUUGAUGUUCAUGAACAAGAGAAUGUAUGAGGAUCUAAAUCUGUUUACUAUAAUCUUGAAUCAAGAAAUCAGAAGGCUUUCGACACAGGUUAUCCGGGUGAAAUGGUCUCUUCACGCCAGAGAAGAGAUUGUGUUCGAGCUGCUUCAGCAAUUGAAAGGCAACACAACGAAAGAAUUGCUAGAAGGAAUAACAAAGAGCACACGCGACAUGAUCAAUGAGCAAGAAGCCGUGCGUGGCCGGUUAUUCACUAUCCAAGACGUCAUGCAAAACACUGUCCGAGCAUGGUUACAGGACCGGAGCCUCACGGUUACACACAACCUAGGAAUCUUUGGAGGAGUUGGUCUCUUGCUUACGAUAGUGACUGGUCUGUUUGGAAUCAACGUGGAUGGGAUACCAGGAAAUAAAGAUUAUCCACAAGCCUUUGCGCUUUUCUCAGUGAUUCUUUUCUUCUCGGGUUUGGUGUUAGUGGUCGCAGCUUUGCUUUACCUUGGACUCAAGGAGCCAGCGGCGGAAGAGAAUGUGGAGAUUAGGAAACAAGAACUUGACGAAAUGGUCAAGAAGUUUCAACGAGAAGCUGAGUCUCAUGCUCAAGUCUGCCAAAAAGUUCCUCAGAGCUUGGAACGCUCGGCUGGUUCUAGUAGAAUGAGAGUACAUGAUCCUAAUGGUUACGUUCUCAUCGAAUGA